AUGCUCUCAGGUGGGGAGAGGUAUAAAGUCUGGCACCUUCUUCCCUUGCAAGACCCUCCAAACACCAAAAACCUCCAAACACAUUACCCCUCACACAUCACCUUCUACAAAUUAUUAUGUCCGCUUCUUGCAGUUCUUCUACACAUUCCACACCCCCUCCUACCGCCACAUCUUCUCCAAGAAGUCUACCUGAGCUCAUUAGUGCGAUGUCCACUAUGGAGAUCGAUACUGAGCACAACAGUUCUCAGUCGAACACGGAUAUUUCUAAUACAGGAGUACCGGGCGGAGAAAGCCUUCAACUAACAAAUGGCACUCGAGCUCCCCAAGCAUCCCUCUCCGGCUAUUACCUAAUCAACUACUCUUCCCCCCCCGAUCCCCGGACAGCCGAAUCAUUCCGCAUCCAGCGCUUUCUCGAAGAUGAAGACCAAAACAGAAUGUUAUCACUAGCCCUGGACAACACCCCCCCCAGCACCAUACUCACGUUCUGUACGCCCCGCACAGAAAUUUGUCAAGGUUUGCGAAAAAAAAGAACUAAGAGGAAGCGUUCCGCACACGCCGCAUCUAAGAAAAAGGUCAAGCGGAGAAACCGAGCCACGGAGGCCUCGUCUGUACACGCCAAGGUUGGAUCGCUGCCAGCGGAGGAUAGGUUUGCGAGGGAGUUUGGAGAAGAGCAAUUCGAGUCUGGUCGCAAGUGGUUUGGUAUGUCCUGACCUUAGGGUCGGGCAUGUCAUCUGCUAAUAGGACGCAGUAAAUAUGCAUGUGGAAUUAGGAACGACUAAGAGAAAAUGCUCGAUGAAUUUAUUCAUUUUCUUAUUCCAA